AAAGUCCUCUUUCCGUAGAGUUAAAUCAUCUUCUGCAUUUACGUAGUUGCCAAAGAAACAGAAAUGAAAUUGAUCGUGAUGUCGUCCAUUAUAACCCUUGCUUUUGGAGCUCGCCUAGAUACCAAUUAUCUCCCUCCCCUGGCAGGAGGCUCGCCUGGGUAUUCUGGUGCAAAUGCAGGACCUCCUUCGGAAUAUACCAACGAUAACAACGGCGAUGGCAAUUACAGAUACAGCUAUCAAUCACCCACAGGAAUCAACGCCCAAGAAUCUGGACGUUACGAAGCCAAUCUUCCGGAAGGAGGUGCUGUAGUAGCUCAAGGAUCUUUCUCAUUUACUGCGCCUGAUGGACAAACGUACUCUGUACAAUAUACCGCUGACGAAAACGGAUUCCAUCCGACAGGAGCCCAUUUACCAACUCCCCCUCCCAUCCCCGAUGCCAUUGCUAGAUCAUUGGCGCAAAACGGAGGUGCAACCCCUGAUAACGGUGGCUAUAGAUAUUAAUAAUAAUGCAAUAUAAUGUUGUUGUAUAUUUUUUAAAAGUGA